GAUAAAUUUUUUCUAUUCAUUAUUAAUCGAUAAACUUUACAUAAUUAAUUUAUUAAAAAAUGAAUUUUUUAAAUUUUAUCAAUUUUAAAAUGACGCAGUAAAUUUAUGUUGAAGGUUAUACUAAUGAUAACUACUUUUCUCUUAUCUAAAUACACAAGCUCCAAUACACAUAUUUAAAUCAAUGUCUCAUGCUAAACACCAUUAUUAAUGAACACGAGAGGUGAUAGAACAUUAGUUGUUUGAUACCUAAUUUAAUUGUGAAACAAUUUUGUGAUUGUAUGAAUCACUUGUCUUUUACUUCUAUUUCAUAGAAAAUUUUAAUUCUACUGUGUUCCAAAAUUUUACCUCAAAAUUAGUGCAAUGGAUUCAAAUAAUGAAUUGCACGUUUUAUCUAUUCAAAGUCAUGUUGUUUCUGGCUAUGUGGGCAAUAAGAGUGCAACUUUUCCACUCCAGCUACUAGGGUUUGAAGUUGAUGCCAUCAAUUCGGUACAAUUAUCUAAUCAUACUGGUUAUAAAACGACGAAAGGAGAUAUUCUGGAUGAUCAAAAUUUGAGUAAGAAAAUUAAUAAAAACAAUUUUUUUAAAUUAUCAAGUAUUUUAAUGAAUUUUUUUGCAGGUCAGUUAAUGGAAGGAUUAGUUGCAAAUGACCUACAUCACUACAGUCAUUUACUCACUGGAUAUGUUGGUUCAGCAUCUUUUUUAAAGUACAUAUCAAAACUUGUUUCGAUGUUGAAAGCAAAAAAUCCUAAACUUAUUUAUUUAUGCGAUCCAGUUAUGGGUGAUAAUGGAAAACUGUACAUACCAGAAGAACUAGUCGAAAUAUAUAAAAAAGAAAUUGUACCAUUAGCUGAUAUCAUAACGCCCAAUCAAUUCGAAUUAGAAUUGUUGACUAAUCGGAAAAUUCAUUCUUUAGACGAUGUUAAAGAUGCUAUUAAUUAUUUAUACAAGCAAGGGCCCAAAACAGUCGUUAUAUCAUCCACAGAUAUUAAUGACAGAUUAAUUGCAGUCGCUGGAAACUGUAGAGACAAAGAAAUGAUAACAAUCAACAUUCCAAAGAUUCCAAUCAAUUAUACUGGUUCAGGAGAUCUUUUUGCUGCUUUAUUUCUAGCACAUUCUACUUUAGAGAAAGAUUUGAAAAGUGCAUUAGAAAAAACGAUAAACACUUUACAUUCUAUAUUGCUUAAAACUUAUGAAUAUGCUGCAGCAUGUAAGGAUCCAAAUAUGCAGGAUGUGCGGAAGAAAGAGUUAAAGUUGAUACAAAGUAAAAAUAUAAUUGAAAACCCUCCUUCAGUACUGAAAGCCACUUACUACUAGUAUUAUUUAUACUAGUAUAUUACCAUUCUUCAAUAAAUCUUUAAUAAUUAAAAGACAAAUAUUAAUUAAUAUAAAUAUUUAUCACGGUGAUUGUUAUAUAAUUAUAA